UGCUCGAUAGCGGAAGUAGUGUCGUUUGACAUCAACUCGCACUGACACGCAUACACCGGCCAGCUCGGCUUAUUAAUACUAUUAUUAUAUAUCCAUACGUCGCCGGGUCGUACCCGCAGCCGGUGGCGCUAGUUUAUGAUCGGCCGUUUGUUCGGUAACUUGUCGCAGAAGGUCCCGAGCUUGCUGUACCGGGUGUCGCUGGUGAUGAAGCCGCAGGUUGUGUUCGUGUUGGGCGGGCCUGGCGCCGGCAAAGGAACCCAGUGCUCCAAAAUCGUGGAGAGUUAUGGCUACACCCAUUUGUCAGCUGGGGAUUUACUCAGGGAAGAGCGAGCCAGAGAAGAGUCAGAGUUUGGACAGCUCAUUGCCAACUACAUCAAAGAGGGCAAAAUCGUCCCAGUGGAGAUCACCAUCAACUUACUCAGGAAGGCCAUGGAAGCAACGAUGAAGAAAAAUGAGAAUAAGUUCCGGUUUCUCAUCGAUGGUUUCCCCCGAAACGAGGACAACCUUCAGGGGUGGAAUAGUGUCAUGGAUGGAAAAGCUGAUGUUAAAUUUGUGCUUUUCUUUGACUGCAGCAAUGAGGUUUGCAUCAACAGAUGUCUAGAAAGAGGAAAGAGCAGUGGACGAACAGAUGACAACAGGGAGAGCCUGGAGAAAAGAAUCCAAACCUACCUGCAGUCUACACGACCAAUCAUUGACCUGUAUGAGAAACAAGGCAAGGUGCACACUAUAGAUGCUUCUCGCUCAGUGGAUGAGGUGUUCGCUGAUGUGAAAGCCAUCCUAGACAAAGAGGGUUGAGUUUCGCCAACUGCCAACAUUCAUUUAUCUUUUAUUUUUCUUUUUAUCAACUGCAUUUACACUAUAAUAAGUUUAUAUGUUCAUUCAUAUGACUUUUUACAUUUGGUUCAUUUUGACUUUGUGUCUUUUGUAAACGCUGUACUGUUUAUUUGUGAGGAUGUAAAAUGUGUAUGAAUGCGGAGGUAGCAAUGCCAAGCGGCUACUUGUGAUGAACUAGUUAUUAUUCAGAAGAGGUCACAGUGUAGUCUUUCCUCAUCGUCUGAGGCCUCAGCUUAGAGACACACUUCUUUUGUCAAAGGCACUCGCAGCACUGAAAGUCUAAGAAAAACUGUACGUAUUACAAAUGUUUUCAGGGUCAUUGGUAGAAGCUAUCUCGCUCUUGAUAAAAAAUGUUUGAUCUGAUUACAAGGAAGGAGUUAAGUCUGUACUGAACCACAUAUAGCCUCUCUGCCAUCCAAAUAAAAUGAAUACAACAUC